AUGGCGCACAACUACAUCAACACGCCGGGCACAGAACGCGGUGAUGGCAAUGGCACCUUCAUCAGCCCGGCCAAACUGGACAUGUCCUUUGCCCAGCCCUUCGCCUCGCCCUCAAAAGACCCGGCUCAGGAUCUCAGAAGUCGAAUGCGCGGACUAAGAGGUGCGCCGUCAACCGCACGAACUCCGCGGCCGAGGACAGCAUUAGUCGAUAGACGUAAUCCGACGGGCAAGCAAGAGUUCACUCCUCUGCUCAAGAGUGCCAAGCGCAAUCAACUACUGCAGCAGAGCAUUAUGGAAGAAAAAGAGAACACCGAUACUCUGAAGACACCUGCGGGCUUGCGCGCGAGCUUCGGUAGUAAGGCUACGCCCGGUCUGCCAAUUGAGGCUUCAAUGCUGGAGGAAUUCACUGGUAGUUCUGGUGAUCGCGAAGCUACCCCCCAAGCGCAGCCCGUCAGCUCGUCCAUGGUCGACUCGACGCCCAUUCCUCAGAUGCCGACGCGAAGUAAUGGUGUCCUCGAACAGGGCAAUGUCUUGACUCUGCGCGACCAGGAAGCCAAGCUUGACCAGAUCUCGAAAGACAACUUUGGCCUCAAGCUGAAGAUUCACUACCUGGAAGAGGCGUUGAAGAAGAGCGGUACCGAGUUCCAGCAGCAGACUCUGAAAGAAAACGUCGAGCUACGAACGAACAAGGCGCAAUUGGAAGUCGACCUCAAGAAGCAACGGAAGCGCUUGUUGGAGGCGGAGCACCAGCUGGAAGAGUACAAGAUGUGGUUGAGAGACUACCAAGAAAAAGUGAAGAAGCGACAUGCGAGUGAGCGCGAUCAAGAGGAGUACGACCGCUUGCAGAAGAUGGCAGAAGAAUCGCAAAAGAUUGCGGAUGAGCGUGAGCAUGAGCUGGAACAGAUGCGAGAGAGACUCGACCAGGCCGAGAUCCUUCAAGGCGCGUCAGACGAGGUGCGCGGACUGCGAGAAAAGCUCGAGGAUAUGGAGCAAGACGUUCGGGAUCGCGAACGCGAGCUGGACGAAAAGGAUGCACAACUCGAGGACUUGCAGGAAAAGCUGCAAGAAGCCGAACAAGCAGACGAUCCUGACCGGACACAGCGUUUGCGAGACGACAUCGGAGAACUGCAGUCAGAUAUCGCCGAACGACAGCGACUACUACAAGAGAAAGACGACCGGUUGGCAGAGCUGCAGAAACAGGUGAAGGCGCUUCAAGAGGACAACGCGAACCUUGAUAGCAUGCAGCAAGAUAUUGACGACAUGGACCGAGAGCUGAAGGACAAAGACGAUGAGCUCGAUCGGAAGGACGCGCGGAUCGCAGAACUGGAAGCACAGGUCAACAGCGUGUAUGAUCGGGAAAAGUCGACGAAAAAGCUUCGAGGCGACAUGGAAGCUUUGGAAACUCAGCUUCGCGAAAAACAGCAGACCAUUGACGACAGUAAUGAACGACUACGAGCAUUAGAGAAGCGUAUCACGUCCACCGAAUCAGCGCAUGCUGCUGAACUUCGCCAGCGUGAUGAGCAGGUCCGCAACGUCGAACGCGAGCUUGCUGACAAGGAUGGCGAGAUAUCUGCUCUGCAAGAGCGCCUUCGAACUGCGCGUGGUAGCUGGGAUGCUGAAUCUCAGCAAGUGGACGCACGAUUGCAAGAGAAGGACCGUUUGAUACGUGAGAAGGAGGGUCUGCUCCGGGAGAAAUUGCGAACCAUUGAGGAGCGUGACGAUGAACUCAGCGAUCUUCAGACUAGGCUAAGGGCUGCCGAGAACGCUCGCGAUGAUACUUCAUCCCAGCAGAGCCGCCGCUUGCGCGAACUUGACAACCAGGUCAAGGAGUUGCAAGAGAAGCUUCGGAUAGCCGAUGCAAGCACGCAGGCCAAGCUUAACGAGAAAGAUGGCUUAGUACAGGCCCGAGAACAAGAGAUGCAAACCCUUCAGAACCGCAUCAACAACUUCCAGGCCGGCGACAGUGCCGAGUUGCGCAAGAAGAACGAACGCAUACAGCAACUUGAGACUGACGUCAAAUCCAAGGAGCGCGAGAUCAGAGAUCAGAGUCAGCAGAUCAUGAGCCUCAAAUCGCGUUUGACAGCCAUGGAAACACCUUCUAAAAAGGACGGCCUGAUCAAGCAGCAGGCUGAUCAAGUUCGAUCUCUUCAGCAACAACUCCAGACCCUUGAACAAGAUAAAGACGCUGAGCUGGAUGAUCUUGACAGGCAGUGCCAAGCGUUGGAGGACGAGAAUGCAUCACUCAAGCAACGUGUAGAGACUCUUCGCAAGCAGAGUGAGGCAGCUGAUCGUGACCACAGCAUGCUCGGUCGACAAGACUCCGAGCUCAAAGGCAAGAACGAGCAGAUUGCUGCCCUCGAAGACGAAGUCGACUCAUUGCGAAGCAAGCUUCAGGAAGCAGUGAAGCAGCGUCAGACCGAUGUGCGACAACUAGAAAGAGAGCUGGAUCUGGCCAAGGCUAACAGCAAAGGUAAUUCCGAGGAGGGUCAGCGUCGCCUUGAGUCGAUGAAAGCCAAGCUGGCAGCAGAGUACGCCGAAGAAAAAGAGGUUCUUGAGGCAGAGAUCGCCCUGCUCGAAUCACACUGCGACCAAGUCGCUGCUGAGAAAGAGAAGCUCAAUGCCAAGAUAGAAGAUCUUCAGGUGGAGGUCAAGAAGGCAUGGCAGUCAAAAGAGGAUGGUACUCCAUCCCGAGAACGAAACGAUCUGCGAAUGAAACUCCAGCAGGCGGAGAACCAGAAGUCCACUCUCGAGCUCAAGGUCAGAAUGCUACAGAUCGACCUAGACGCAGCUGCCAUCACGAAGUCCAACCUCUCACCUGUCCGCGAACGUCGGGACCUGCGUCAAAAGCUUGCUGAAGCAGAAAGCAAAAUCAGCCGACUGGAAUCACAAGUUGCUUCUCUGGAGUCCGAGCUGCAAGAUGCUCAGCUUGACAAGACCAUGGCUGAAGAGCGAGGCGACCUCCAUGAGCUCCUCAAAUCUGCCAAGAUCGAAGCCGAACAGUCACAAAUCAGCCUGACUAAGCGAGAGAAAGAGCUUGUGUCUGCGAAGCGAAGAGAGAAUGAAUUGAAGGCGCAGCUUCAGGACGCUCAUGCUGAGAUUGAAGAGCUGCAGGCCCAAAUCGCAGACCUGGAGAACCGCACGCAGGCCAUAGGAGACAAAGCGCGCCAUUUCCAGACCCAGACAAAGGAGCUCAGAACCGCAAAGCAGCAGAUUGAGGAGCUUGAAUUCCAACUUCAAGAUCGCAAUGGUAGCUCUUCUGGCCAUGCGCGACGUGAAGCUGAACUCCGCAGCCAGCUUCGUGAGGCGAAGUCUGAGCUUGAUCGUCUGCAGCUUGAUCUACAAGAGAAGGCAAUGGAACGCCAACUACGCGAUCGCCUUAGCAGUGCUCGUGCCGAUGAGACGUUCACGCUUCAAGCACAAAACCUUCGUGGCCAAGUCGAUGAGCAAGAGGCCGAGAUUCAGGCUCUGCAAUCACAACUCGCCGACCGCUCCAGCAGGCUUCAGUCAAGCCUCAGAGUCGAGACCGAACUACGAGCCAAGAUCAAGACCCUCAAACUACGGAUGUCAAAUGCCGAUGUCGAAGACCGCUCUCAAGACUCCAAGGAGUUGUCAAAACUCCAAGAAAGUCUCUCAUCCAGCGAAAAGCGCCACGAAGGCGAGAUCAAAGGAUUGGUCAAGCAAAUCCAAUACCUACGGGCCAAAUGUGCUCGUGAAGAAGGUUUCCGCAAAGAUCUGGUCUACGUCAAGGAAUGGUUCCUGUUGCAGUCUAUCAAUCCUGCUUUCUCUCCUGUACGCUCAUGCUAA